UAGUGUGGUAGGAUAGGUAUAACCAGGCAGAAACCGGUUGUCAGAUCUACGAUGCGCGCAGGUGUCGCAGACAUUUUUACGUCCACGUUCUCGUUCAACGUCAAAGGCAGCACUACACACGGCGUGUGAGGGGACACAGACUGCACGGGAUGCUCAGUCAAAAAUAAUGAGAAUUAGCCCACGGGAGUUUAUGUAAUUUUAAAAGCGGACACUUCGAGGAUAAGUGGUGGUAGUUUAAUUUAGCAGCUGACGGAAUAAUGUUUCGACAGACGAAGUCAGUGCUCCAGAAACUUCGAUACGUCAGUUUUAAUGGACAGCAGCACACAUGGAGGGUGAAAAGCACUUCAGCAGGAGAGCGGGCCCUUCAGUACCAGCCAGGGCAGAAGAUCCACGGCUUUACAGUCAAAGAGGUUGUAGCCGUCCCUGACUUAUUCCUCACAGCAGUGAAGUUGACACAUGAUAAAACUGGAGCUCAGUAUCUCCAUGCAGCGCGGGACGACUCCAACAACCUCUUUAGUGUCCAGUUCAGGACGACCCCCAUGGACAGCACAGGGGUUCCACACAUCCUGGAGCAUACAGUGCUGUGUGGAUCUGAGAGGUACCCCUGCAGAGACCCCUUCUUCAAGAUGCUCAACAGGUCCCUGUCCACUUUCAUGAAUGCAUUCACAGCCAGUGAUUACACCAUGUAUCCAUUCUCAACCCAAAAUGGGAAGGACUUCCAGAAUCUUCUGUCAGUUUAUCUGGAUGCAGUUUUUUUCCCUUGUUUACGAGAGCAGGAUUUCUGGCAGGAAGGCUGGAGGCUGGAGAAUGAAAACCCCACAGAUCCCAACUCCCCUCUAGUGUUUAAAGGAGUGGUGUUCAAUGAAAUGAAGGGUGCUUUUUCAGACAACGAGCGACUGUACGCUCAGCACCUUCAGAACAAACUGUAUCCAGAUCAUACCUACUCUGUGGUGUCAGGAGGAGAACCUCUGGCCAUCCCUGACCUCACCUGGGAGCAGCUUAAACAAUUCCACGCCACACACUACCAUCCCAGCAACGCGAGGUUCUUCACUUAUGGCGAUUUGCCUUUAGAGCCUCAUCUGAAGCAGAUUGAAGAAGAAGCGCUGUCCAGGUUUGAGCACAUUGACCCCAAAACUGAAGUCCCUUCUCAGCCACGCUGGAGCAGUCCUAAAGCAGACCAUGUGACCUGCAGCCCUGAUCCUCUGGCUCCAGAUCCAAACAAGCAGAACACCGUGUGUGUGAGCUAUCUGCUGGGAGACAUCACCGAUACGUUUGAAGGAUUCACACUCAGUCUGCUGUCUUCUCUCAUGAUCUCUGGACCAAACUCUCCCUUCUACAAAUCUCUUAUCGAACCCAAAAUAGGAACUGACUUCUCUUCUGUUGUUGGAUAUGAUGGCAGCACUAAAGAGGCAUCGUUCAGUAUUGGGCUGCAGGGAGUUGCUGAGGAGGAUGUGGAGAGGGUGAAACAGAUCAUCAGCCAAACCAUCGACAGAGUUAUAAAGAAUGGCUUUGAGGACAAAAGAAUUGAGGCUCUCCUCCACAAGAUUGAGAUCCAGAUGAAACACCAGUCCGCAAACUUCGGCCUGUCUCUGGCCUCGUAUAUAGCUUCAUCGUGGAACCAUGAUGGGGACCCAGUAGAGCUGCUGCGAAUCAGCGACAGUGUUACCAAGUUCAGACAAGCCCUGAAGGAAAGUCCCUGCUUUCUCCAGGACAAAGUCAAACAAUACUUUAAGGAGAACACGCACCGGCUGACUCUGUCAAUGAGCCCCGAGGAGUCGUACCUGGAGAAACAGGCCAAAGCUGAGGAGGAGAAGCUCGAGAAAAAGAUCCAGGUGCUUUCUGACAGCGACAGAAAGCAGAUAUAUGAGAAAGGUCUGGAGCUGCUGGAUGCUCAGAGUAAAACCCAGGAUGCUUCCUGUCUGCCAGCGCUCAAAGUUUCCGACAUCGAGCCAACAAUACCUGUCACUCCUGUUCAAAUCAGCACCGCAGGAGGUGUUCCAGUCCAGUACUGUGAGCAGCCCACCAAUGGUUUGGUGUACUUCAGAGCUGUGUGUAAUCUCAACACGCUUCCCGAGGACCUCAGAAUUUUUGUCCCGCUCUUCUGCAGUGUUAUUACCAAGAUGGGCUGUGGAGCUCUGGACUACAGGCAGCAGGCCCAGCAGAUGGAGCUGAGGACAGGGGGCAUGUCUGUUUCCACUCUGGUCAUCCCUGACUCCAACGAGCUAAAUGCAUAUGAGCAGGGUAUCGUCUUGUCCUCCUCCUGCCUGGAAAGGAAUGUUCCUCACAUGUUUCAGCUGUGGAGCGACAUAUUCAACAAUCCUCACUUUGAUGACGAGGAGCGGCUGAGAGUGCUGGUGAUGCAGUCAGCGCAGGAGUUGGCCAAUGGCAUCUCUUAUUCAGGCCACUUGUAUGCCAUGACUCGGGCAGGCCGUCACCUCACUCCAGCGGGAGACCUCCAGGAAACCUUUGGUGGGAUGGAUCAGGUUACGUUUAUGAAGAGAACAGCUGAAAUGGCAGACCUCAGCCAAAUCCUCCGAACGUUACCCAGGAUCAAAAUACACCUUUUCAACCCAGACAACAUGAGGUGUGCAAUCAACUCAACUCCACAACAAAUAUCUGACGCUGCAGCACACUUGGAGGGUUUUAUAAAGGACGUGGCUAAAAAGCGGAAGGAACGCAAACCUGUCAGACCAAAUAUUAUUGAGAAGCCGUUAAACCCUCUGGAUGACACUGGUCCACGUAGAAAACUAAUAUCAGAGCCAAGUUUCCAUCCGUGUCCAAUGAAGACUUUCUUUCAGCUGCCUUUCCCUGUCAACUUUGUCAGUGAGAGUAUUCGUGCAGUGCCCUUCUCCCACAAGGAUUAUGCCAGUUUGUGCAUCUUAGCCAGAAUGAUGACUGCAAAAUUUCUCCAUGGAGAGAUCCGUGAGAAAGGCGGAGCUUAUGGAGGUGGAGCCAAGAUGGGAGGAGGAGGUCUUUUCACCUUUUACUCUUACAGGGAUCCAAACUCAGUGCAGACGUUAUCUGCUUUUUGUAACGGUAUCGACUGGGCGAAGUCAGGAAAGUUCACCCAGCAAGACAUCGACGAAGCCAAGCUGUCAGUCUUCUCGGCUGUGGACUCACCUGUGGCCCCUGCAGACAAAGGCAUGGGUCAGUUCCUCAGUGGGGUCACAGACGAGAUGAAGCAGGGUCACAGACAAAGACUCUUCGCUGUUGACCAUAAAAAUCUGGUGGAUGUGGCUGAAAGGUACCUCAGUGCUGGUCAGAAGACAUGUGGUGUUGUCAUCCUGGGCCCAGAGAACGAGACUAUUAAAAAAGAUCCUUCUUGGAUUAUAAAAUAGUACUGUCAGAUAUUUUUUAAAACUGGAAAUCCAAAGAGCAGUGUUAGAAAUGUUUUGAAUGGUGGCAAAGUGGAACCGCACAAGACAACAAGGAACAAAGUGACCUGAUCCAGUGUCUGUCAUCUGAAAUACUUGGAUGACUCUCUUCAUAUUCAUAUUCAUUAUGUACAUAUUAGAAUUAAAUGCUGCAUUAUCACAU